AUGGCGUCGUACACAGAAACCGUAUCAAUUCCCAGCACUCGAAAGCACGAAGAACACAGUGAGACUGAUUCGCCAGAUCUCAAACGACACCGCUUUGAAGCAGAUGCUCCUUCAUCAGAGAACUGCCCAGCUCCUGGAGUUUACGAAACGUAUAUAAAACAUCAUGAGACGUUGAAAGACAUUGUUCCCAGCGCCCUGCUUCAAAGACUAGACGACUGCCUCAUCAAGACCGGGCAGACCAUCGACCCAGCCUUGACCGCUGCCUCUGCGGCUCGCCACGUUUUCCUCGUUCUCAGGAGCCGGGAGCAUGGGCAGGGAAUCUUCAGCGAAGAACACGAGUUUCUUGUCCUGGGCGUGUUCGGAACUGUUACAAGCGCCAACUUCGAAGUGAUGGAAGCAUUUCAAAAAACUUAUGAGUGUAUGCUUGAUGAGGCCGACGAAGAAGGGAGACCAGCCUCACGGCGCGCGGCCGGCUAUCCGUCCACAUGGAAGGUAGACGAGGGAUCGGGAUGCUUGAAGCUUUGGGCUGAGGAUCCAGAAUAUGGAGAUGGAACAGUGUGGGCGGAGAAAUGGGUCGUGGGAGAGUGA